CAUACACCGUAUCACCAGCAGUUCAUAAAUUAUUUGAAAUUACAUCUCACGCCGGUAUAUUCCCACCUUAACCACCAGGUCCGAGUCUCCAACGGCGGAGAUUCCCCACAGCACAGGCUCCAUGGGACUCUACGUCUCUUCACGGAUUCUCACGUGGUAUGGACUUCUACAUCUCUUGAUUUCGGCUCCGCUUUCGCCUCGUCUCCCUCUCUCUUUUGGACAGCGGCCGAGGUCUCGGAGGAACCGCAAUCGACCAACUGACAAAUCGAGUAGCAGGUAGGAAUUAGUCAAUCGCCAUGGGAUAAUUUAGGUUACAUAUAGUCUGUUCCGAUGUCGUGAGAUUCUGUUACUGCGACUAUCUUCACAGAAAACCCCGGUGGGCACCACAAACAAAACUCGGUAAAUCGGGUUGCAAUAUCUUGCCAGUUCUCGCAGCCUCGGAACAGACUGUCCAGCCCGCACCCGACUUUGGGGCAAUCCCCCACCACAAAACCUGGCGGAACCCCUCCAACACCCCAUCUCAUCCAUUCUAACCAUCACCACUACCACGACCCAGUCCAGUAACAGCCAUGCUCGCCCGAACAAUAAACUAUCUCACACCAGCCUACCUCAUCCUCCUCUCCGCCUUCUUCGGCGUCAAAGCCCUCCUCCUUCACCUCCGCCUCUCCUCCACCACCGCCACCUUCCGCGAUGUCUGGUUCACCCUCUUCUGGCACUAUUCUGGCCCCCGGUUCUUUGCCAACGAUCCCACCAUAAGCCGCAUCGCCUCCCAAUGCCGCGGUAAAGUCCUCGACAUUGGGCCGGGCACAGGCGAUGCAAUUAGGUUCCUCCCACACCCACCACUAAUAACACACAUCUACGGUCUGGAACCCAACAUCCACAUGCACGCGCAAUUACAGAAGGCAGUCGACGCCGAGGGGCUGACAGAGGUGUACACCAUUCUGCCGUUCGGCGCCGAAGAUCUGGAUGGUCUGCGGGGGGCCGGGGUUGAGGCGGGGAGUGUGGAUACUGUGCUCACAAUCCGAGCACUUUGCUCCUUGGAUAAAAGGCUCCUGGAUAGGGCUGUGGGUGGUCUAUUCGAGUGCUUGAAGCCGGGCGGCCAGUGGUUGGUUUUUGAGCAUGUCAGGAAUGGGAAGUGUUCUGUUUCCGGAUUGUUGCAAGGGUUUUACCAGAUCCUCUGGCCGAGAAUGUUAGCUGGGUGCAAUAUCAAUAGGAGGACGAGUGAGAUCCUCCUCAGGGCUGGGCGGUGGGACGUUAAUGAUUUGGUGGAUUUGAAAGAGGAGGAGCACUGGGCUUCAUGUUUUUAACUGAGUUUGUUUUACGUUCAAACGGUUCGAACAUGG